AUGUCUAUCCCCAUCUUCACCAUCUCGAUCUCCAUCAUGAACAAUCUCCUAUCUUCCCCAGCACACUACCUUAGGCGGAUCAGCUGCCCUGUUCUCCCAGCUUACCGCAUGGAUGACCUGAAAGAGCGCGAGCCGUCAAGGGCAGGGGACCUAUACACAGCAGAGAUCGGUCAGACAGUCAACACCAUCAACCAUCAGAGAAACGCGGUCAAGUUGAUCAUGGCGAGAUGGCCCGCCGUAGACCCAGUUCACUACCCAACUAUUCUGGGCGUGAGCCAAAACAACAGUAAGAGUGAGGACGUAAAGGCUGUAGUCAGCAUGGUGAACAUCAUGCAGACCAGCUGGAUCGGCCAGUCCUCUUGGGUCCAAGGCUACAUCAAGGGAGAGACUGAUUGGCACGAUCUCCAAGCCCAUAUCAACAAUCUCAACCGAUUUCGACUCCUGCUCAAGGUACCACAGGAAAAUGAGACUCCCGUGCAGAGGACCGCCCGCCGAGCUCUACAGCGCGCAUACAAGGAGGUAGUCAGGAUUCAUAUCGAGCACACCCAGGCGGGUGAUCUCCAAGCCUACAUCAGUAACCUGAGUCCCCGCGACAGGCAAAAAGCCGGGAGGCUCGAGCAUACGAUCAAGAAGGUUGUCGACACUGUCAAUACUAUGCCGACACAUAAGAUGACGGACCCAGACAAGCGAGAGCCUCGUGACACAAUGAAUCUCGUUACGGCAAGGUACUCGCAGGUCGAUCCGAUACAUUACAGCACAGUUCUCGGAGGCGGGCAGGCGAAUGCCGGACAACUCGAGAGUGCCAUCAAAAAAUCCGUAGAUACCAUUACCUCUAACUGGAUUGGAACUCCCUCGUGGCUUCAAGCUUUUGUCGAGGGCGAGACAUGCUGCUCGGACUAUCAAGUUAUCAUUAACAACCUCCACCGCAUGUCAAAGCUCUUGAAGCUGAUCCCGGAGGGCGAGACGCCUAAGAAUCGCGCAUUACGCCUCACGCGCCGCGAAGCGUACAAGAAAGCUCUGCGCGCCCAUCAAGAACACGUCCGUCUUGGGGUAGAGGCAGAAAUUCAGACAGCAGAGGAUGCGAUAGAAGACUUGUCCACAAAGGACGGCGUGACCCAAGUCAAGCUUCAGGGCGCUCGGGACGAACUCCCUUUCCUGCGGGGUGACCGAGAGGACCUCGUAUCCCAGUACACCUUAGAACCUCUGAAGGCGACACCCGUUUGCCAGAGCUCAGCGAUCAAGUCUCUCGUUCGAAGCUCGCUUGACUUCCCCGACAACAAGGCUCUCGCCUAUGCAGAGUUUAAGUGCGCUGAUUCCAUCCUCUACCUAGGUAUCCUCCAGAACACGCAAACCCACCCGGUUCUCACAUGA